AUGACUUCAACCCAAAUCGAGGAGAAAAUCUUAGAAAACGGAGAUUCCCAAAAGAAAGAAGAGACAGAAGAAAACCGCGACCUUCUUGAUUUCAUAGACUGGAGCAGUUGUGAUGACGAAGGCGAUUCAAGCAGGUAAAUUUGAUAUAGUGACCCCGGAGAUUGAAAUCCGCCUACUUUUAAAACGAUUUCUCCAUUAAUCUUCCGGAAGGCCUCUCGAAGAUGGCUUGCAUCCCAGACUCCUGAUUUUUAUUCCCAAGAGAAAAACACAGUGGGAAUGAAGAAAACCAAAGUCCUAGCGGGGAAGUGUUUGCAGGCGUUCGAGAACUACUUGGCAUCAAUUACAAUGAUGUAUUAUGGCGACCCUUACGUUUCCAAGAAGUCAGAACCUGUUGUGGCUGCGUCUUAUCGGCCUGGGAAGCGUCCUCGGAAUGUGCUUCAAAUGGAUCCUCUUGCAUUUUUAUUAUCACCUUUAAGACAAGAAUUUUCUUUUGGUAAAGCAUAAAUAGAAAACUGGAGUCCUCAACAAGUCGCUGUUUUUGAAUGUGGCCUUUGCAGCUUUGGAAAAGAGUUUAAAGUGAUUGAGAAGCUUCUGAAGUUUUCCAAAUCUUAUCAGGAAGUAACCCAAUUUUAUCAUAUGUGGAAGCAAACUUCGCAUUAUAAGAUAUGGAAAGAGUGUUUGAUAAAAGAUAGAGAAUAUAGCUAA